GCAAGGUCCAGUGGCGAUGGCGGUGGCGUGACUAGCGGGGGGAGCCUUGAAACUGCCGGUUGGCCUCAGGAUGCCGCAUUGAUUUGGGGGAAGGAGCCCCUCCAUCACUCUAACCAGGGUCAGGUCAGGUCAGGUCCGCUUGGCCAAUGUCGGGCAGCUCGCAGGCGCUGCUCCACGGGGAGUUUGGGGCGGGGGCUGCCCGCUACGCCCUGACACUCACCUGCAAGGAGCUCCACGUCCAGAGGCUCUCCCCCCGCCCCGAGCAGGAGAAGCGCCUGGUCCUGCCUCUCUCUCAUGUCACCGGCUGCCGGCUGGUGCGGCCGGGGGUCGCCGGGCGCCGGCGGAGGGAGCCGGUGGGGACGGAGGAAGGGGAAGUGGAUGGAGAUGGAGAGAACGGCGAGGCCCACUUCGCGCUUUACUGCUACCUCCCCAAGAAGGGGCUGGUGGGCGGCACCAAGGGACGCCAGCGCUUGGUCAAGAGCUUCCGUGCGGACGGGGAGGGGGCGAGGAGCCGGGCCCAGCGGUGGGUGACCGCCGUCCGCUGCCGGCUGCUGGGGGUGGAGGUGCCGGGCGAGGCAGAAAUCAGCCUUGAACUUCUCCCGAGAUCCAGGCGCCUCCUCCUGUUGGUCAACCCUUUCAGUGGACGUUCACUGGCUAUGAAUUACUGUCAGGAACAUGUCCUUCCCAUGAUCGCCGAGGCUAACAUCAGCUAUAACCUCAUCUGCACAGAUCAUCAGAAUCACGCCUGGCAACUGGUUCAAGAGAUCAAACUGUCUGAGUGGGAUGGCAUUGUGGUUGUAUCUGGUGACGGACUGCUACAUGAGGUGAUCAAUGGGUUGAUGUCCCGAGCGGACUGGAAAGCAGCGAUGAAGAUGCCGCUGGGAAUCAUCCCGGCUGGAUCAGGGAACGCCCUGGCUGCUGCUGUUAAUCACAAUGCAGGGUUCCGGAUGUCCACUGGGGUGGAGCUCCUGGUGAACUGCGUGCUCCUGCUGUGCCGAGGGUCGGGCCGGGGUCUGGCCACGCCGCUCGACCUGGUGUCGGUCACCACGGCGACGGGCCGCCGCCUCUUCUCCUUCCUGUCCGUGGCCUGGGGCUUUGUGGCGGACGUGGACGUGGAGAGCGAGCGUCUUCGCCGGGCUGGGCCCGCCCGCUUCACCCUGGGGACCCUCGGUCGCCUGGCCACACUUCGCCGCUACCCCGGACGCCUCUCCUACCUCCCGGCCGUCCCACGCCUCCGCCGCAGCGGCACCCUCUCCCCCGGACCCCCACCCUCCCGUCCGCCGCUUGGACGGACCCUCUCCGACUCGGGGCCCUGGGGCAGGGGCCACGACCACUCCCCGCCCCCCUUCUCGGCUUACGAGGGCUUCUCAUUCGAGGGGGCUUCCUUCGCAGAGGAGGAGGAGGAUGAUGAGGUGGGUGCGGAGGGAGGGGAGGCAAGAGCCGUGCUGCUUAACUCUGACCGGGAGAACCAUACGAGCAAGGACCCUGCUGUGGUGAGCUCUAACGGGGGCUCAACACCCGAGGGUCUCAGUUCAGAAAACUCCAACAUCUCUGCCUCUAAAGACCCUCGCCUGGGUUGUGGAGGGCCCUCCGUGAGUCACGAUCUAGGGAACGCUAAUAUCUGUGCGCAAAAUGACCCUGGUCCUGUAAACUCUGAAGAAUUCCCUGCUCAAGAGCAGCCUGGUCUAAUGGUCGAACGAGACUCAGCGAGGGAGGGUCACGUUCAAGUGAGCACUAAUAACCUGGCCCGUAAGGCACCUGGUUCACACAGCCCUGAAGGGAACAGUCGUGUCAGUCAGGACCCUGGUCUAGUCACCUCUGAAAUGGGUAUCCCAGCUUCUGGGAGUGUUGGCCGGCUGAGUGACGGGGACAUUUCCGGACCCCAGGGACCAGGAGGCGGCGUUCGCAUCCAGCGACCCCCCUUUGCCCUCCCGCUGCCCCGGGAUGAUCUCCUGCCCCCGCCGGGCGCGCCGCUGCCCCAGGACUGGGUGACGGUGGAGGGCGACUUUGUGCUGGUGCUGGCUAUCUACCAGAGCCACCUGGGGGCCGAACUGAUGACCGUCCCGUCUGCACAGUUUGCCCAGGGCGUCAUCCACCUCUGCUACGUGAUGGCGGGCAUCUCCCGCGCCUCCCUGCUCCGCCUCUUCCUGGCCAUGGAGAAGGGGGCGCACUUCGACCUGCGCUGCCCGCACUUGACCUACGUCCCCGCCACCGCCUUCCGAAUCGAGCCCCUGGGCGGCCGGCCGGGCAUCGUCACCGUGGACGGGGAGAGGGUGGAGUACGGGACCGUGCAGGGGCAGAUCCACCCCGGCCUGGCCCGGCUCGUCACCGGCUUCCCCCCCUCGCCCCCUGCCAGCGGACCCUGAGAGCCGCCCUGGCAACCCUCUAUAACCUCCCCACCUCUCCUGCUCUUCCCUGGCACCUACCGACAUCCCGACCCUUCCCCCGGCUCAUUAUCUCCCCAUCCCUCCCCCAUUCAGAUCCUUCUUCACCCGCUCUCCCUAUUCCGUGCUCACCCCUCUAUUUCUUCUCAUCUCUCAUCUCUCCUGCCCACAAAGCGGGAAACACACGGACAUUCCCUGGGGAGAGGGAAAAUCCUAUGGUACGUCAGUGCGCAGUUUGCACAGCGCCCCCGGCUUGGUUUUGGAGCAGAUCCCGCCCUCCCCCAGCCGCCCCUGUCCCCUGCACACCACUAACCCCCGAACCACGAAUAUUCGGGUUGGGGUGCACUAGCACUAAACCUCAGUUUCUCGCUCGAGGUCCCUCCCAUUUACCCGUCUCCGCAGACGGGACCUCGGGUCUGAAAUCGCCCGCGCCUCCCAACCUUUGUCUUUGUGUUAUGUGUAAUUUAUUAACUGAAAUCAUUUUGGUGCUUAACAAUGCGAGCAAAGUACGAUAUUAGGAGUCUUUUACGCUGGGGAUUAUUUGAUUUGAUAUGAUUAGCGGCGCGCUUUCUGAUCCGCGGGCGAGGGUGGGGAGGCACUGCGGAGAGUUGCCGCCAUCUCCCUGUCCCGUUAGCAUCCUCUUCCGGAGGGAAGGAACUGGAAGUUUUUGGAAUCGAGCGAGGGCACAUUUUGCCUCGCUCCCCCCUCUCUCACCCCUUCCCCGGAGGGUUGCGGUGGAGGGGCGGGAGAGUGGGAGGGGCGCCUGUCUGCCUUCUCGGAGUCGGAGAGGAACGGCUCACGGCCCCCCCCCCCCC